AUGCUGUCGCCGUCGGGGCAACCUUCCACUGGAGCUUCAAUGAUAAUUUCUUUGGCAAGACACUUUUCUGGUGCAAACUCGCGGUUGAAGAUAAGCGUAUUUCUUUCGUGGCGUACGAGGCACACGUCGAAACUUUCGGGCAAUGGGUUGUUCGUGAUGAUGGAGUUCAUGGGACGCCCUUUCGUCGUCCGACCUUUUUGA